GAAAAGGUUUCCUUUGAGAAUCGUUUCAAUGGCGGACAGGAUGUGAAAGUUUUCGUUUCCAAAAGCCACGCAACAAAGAGUUCUAGUGGUGGAGAUGGCGCGGCUAUUUGGGUGGAAUCUGUGGAUAAUAAGGAGUUUACAGUUUGUGUUUUAGAGUACGGAGGUGGUUCUAGUAAGACUACGAAAGUGAACUGGAUGGCGCUGCAAUCUGUUCCUGUUGGCGCUCAACUAGACACCGUCUCGUUGGAUUCUUGAUCCACUGGAGAAAAGUGUAAAAGGAUCGCCUUUGAAAAGGUUAUCUCUUUCUCCUUACGAUUUCUUCGUUCAUUUAAAUUUAAUAGUUUUUUCUGAUUUCGGUAUUUCUGUUUGCUCACACCUAGACACAAGAUUUCACUACUUUAUUUUUUGAGCUUUGCUUGACUAAGUGGCUUUAACUUCCUCUUUCUUUAUUUAGCUUCUAGGAGCUGCAGACUUUCCAUUUGACUUCUUCCUUAUAUCUUUAAGUCAUGCGAUAUAACAUUGUUGCAUUAUAUAAUACGAUUCUUUAUACGGUUACCAAGACCUUUAAUAUAUUGCAACCUCUAUUUGUAUCCUUCAAAGUUAUGUUGCAAUCUGUCCUCCACUUAUCUUUCAUUUUAAUUUUUUUACUUACAUUUAUACAUCUUUAAAAAGGUUUACCCAUCUUCAUAUUAAGUUUUUGCUAAUUUUUGCUUUAAAAAAUUUAGUGAGAAAGUCUAUAUUUCGAUUCCUUUUGUUUCUACGUGGCCAAGUUCAUGAUAAUCGUUAUAUUUACAAAUUCUGUGUUUAAUUCCUAAAACUCUUCUUAGUUUUUCAUCUGCAAAAAUUCUACUCAAUUUGCUUCUUUCAAGUUCAGAAUGAUUUAUUCUAUCACACUUCCCUCGUUUUGUAUCAUAUCCUUGUUUGUGUGAAGAAGAAAUGUUAUUGAUUAUUUAUUUCGUUCUCUUUUACUUUUCAGCGUUUCUCAAUUCCUCCGAGCAUCUAUGCAACAGCUCGUCACCAAAUUCUCAAGAGACCUCAGGACGCCUUGGCAUUGUGGGUAGAGGAUGUACGCAGGGACAGUUUUAAGGUUUGCCUCAGGGAAACUAAGAUUUUUGAUGGUCUGCAUAAAAACAUCAAGGUGGUAAGUGAAUUUCUUUUGUUACCUGUUACAUGUUUGAAAGUAGACACACGAAAAGAUGAUAAUUAACCAAACGGUUCCUGUCUUGCUGCAACUUACAGGGGCUGUGCUCUAGCAGAACCCAGUGGUCCCUGGCGCUCUACCCAUGCUCUUUGCCUACUAAUACUUUUUCGCUUGUCCUUUAGGACUGGAUAGCAUUUGUUAAGCUGAUGACGCAGAAUUCUACCUUGAUCCAUGGCCUUUUAACAACAAAGAAUAACUCGCCACUAAACAAGCAACAAAACAACGCUCUCUGUCAGGUAAAGUAACUAAUCAACUAUACUGUUGUGGUUUCUCAGUCACUUAUAUUCAGAAAUAGAAAAUCUUUCAUAAGUUGAUGGAGCUCUAAUGUUGUUAUCGUCAACUAUUUAAACAACAUAUAUCAUAUACCGCAUAUGUGUAGAAAAACUUAAUAAUGCUCAUUCUUUUCUUGUUUUUUUUUAGAUAAUAAAGUUCACUGAUGCUUUCUAUGCCCCUCCGGUAGUAAUGGUUUCACCAAGACUCAGUUACCAUAACAACAACUCGCGUUUCUCGGCUUCCGGAACUUGUAACGCAGUUACUGCGUGGAUUCAGGUAACAAAUAUGAAACUUGGAGCCAUUUUUCGUAGUCCGUUGCUUUCUUUGGCUGCCUUCUUAUCUUUUCCCUUCGAACUUACUUUUAGAAUUGUCUCUGUUUCAAUUUUUCAUGUCGUUUAAGGAGUCCAAAAAAGUCUUUUUUUGCUUUGUUCAAACCAACCUGUGCACGCCACGGUUUCGCUUUCUAAACGACCUUUGGUAGUGACAUGAGUUAAGGUAAGAAAAUACCUGAUGAUGCUUAAUGAUUGAUAAUCUGAUAAUUCUUAUGAUUGUGUCUAGCAUACCUUUACAAACGAAACCGAGGUGUGUAUGAGAAGAUACAGCAAUAACGCCAAUUAUAAGGACAUCGUACAACUGGAUUACCUGGUGAUUGGAGGUACGUAAACAAUAUGUCAAAACCUUGGUGAAGGCUGUAUGCUGCAAUGUAUCAAGUACAUUUUAUGACAUGAAUCUUUUGAAGUUGUGUCAUCGAGAGCUUUUUUUCUCUAAUUGAUGCUAUUUUUUGUUGUCUCUAUUUUUGAGGAUUGUAGAUUUGGUUGACUGAAAGAACACGUUACUACAAUAAAUUCGUCGCAAUAAUUUUGUGUAUUCAAGAAACUGAGAUUUUUUUAGAAAAUUUUAAAGUCUACAUUUCUUUGGCACACUGGUUCUCCUGAUCACGAAAUUAACAGGCUCAUUUGUGACGUCAUGAGACAAAAUUUCAGGAACUGAAAAACGGGAUCAUAUCAUUCUUAUCCCUUUCUUAGAGUCGCCAGUGUUGUUGCAUUUAACCGCAAUGCACCUCAUUGGCAUCUUUUCAGCAAAUUGGAAAAAAAAUUUUGUAGAAUCCACACUUUUUUUCUUGUAUCUAAAGUCACGCGUUCCUUAAUUUACGUUAUAGUUUCUUAAUCUACGUCAGUGUCCCUUUGUUUCCGAGAGGCAUCCGAGUGAAGACUUGCACGAAUGGUGUGCCAAAAUGGCGGUAAAUUUGAACGUGUCAAAAAAUUUCUCUUUACUGACAUUGUGUUGAAAGCAAUUUUUUUUGUCGCGCACGUUCUCAUAAUAAUCUGCAUUUUCAAUUCCAAAAAACUAGUUUAUAAGGUAUGGACACUUUAAAUGUAAUCUGUUGUUAUUUGCUUAAUUUAUCUUCAGACUUAGAUCCGUGCAUAGACGUCACGUGUCAUUAUCACCGCUUCUGUAAGGCGUUUGGACCCCAUGAUGCACGCUGUGUAUGUGUGGAUAGCUGCCCAUCUUACAAAGAACCUGUUUGCUCAUCAAAUGGCACAACAUACGAUAACAGAUGUUUGUUUGAAAGAGAAGUAUGUCUCCUUCGACUAAACUUUACCGUGCAACAUCCUGGCAGCUGUGAAGGUUAGUACAGUUGUUUUUGAGUCUGUUAAAAAGUGAUUUUUGUUUUUAUUAGAUUUCAGUAUUAAUCCCUUAAGGAAUUUUUCGAAUGAGUGGUUUACUUGCCUAUCUAAUCUGGAGGGAAAAACGGCGAUAGAUGCGUAACUUUAUGUUAAAACGUUUGACAGGAGCAACGCUAAUAAGAACACUGGUCCGAAAAAGUGGCGGAUACACUUAUUAUAUGUUUUUUAAAACAUGCUUAAAAGCAUUUUCAGUUAAUCCUGAGCAGCGAAAAUAUUUGUUUUUUUUUUUUAUAUAUAUGUAUCACUGAAGCAAAUCUAAAACUGAUUCUUCUCUCUGAGAUUAGUAGUAGUAGUAGUAGUAGCAGUCGUUUUCAUUUCCUCGGACGUAGCUCUGCCUAACAUUGUAACAAAUCUGGAUAACCUUUCCUAGAGUUUUAAUUUUUUUAAGCAUAACUGGAACUGAAUCUUUUCUCUGCGGGAAGUAGUUAUUAAAAUGGAUGUUCAAAGGGACACUGACGUACCUACAGUGAAUGUUCACUUUCCUUUCCUUUAGCGCUAAUAGGCUUAAGCAGUUGCCACGUCGUAGCUCUGCUCAAGAUGCAAGUUCUAAUCUCUCCACUGCUUGCCAUGCUAUUGAUCUAAUGCAGUGACAAGCGACACAUUGUCCGCUGCGAAUUUCCCUCAGGACUUCUACAGUAGAGAGUAACAACCCUCUUUAUAAGAACCACUCAUUUGUGCUUUGUUAACAUUUUUAAGUUCUGGGUAAAUGCCCUUUGCUCCGCAUGCUUGUCAUACCAAUCUAUAGUUCAACCUGAAAUGUGUUUUCUAGGAUUUCCUUUACAGCGUGGUCGUCGCCACAUGCCACAUAUUCCAUCCUUGGGCUACUCUCACUGUCAGGCCAUUCAUUUCAAACCGUUUGUGUUUUACCCUGACAAACCCAUUCAAGUGCAGAUAACUGUCAAUCAUAUGGAUACCAGUGACAAAUCGUAUGUCCAUGACGCGGCAGUAUCGUGGGUUGAAAAUGUGAAUAACGACAGCUUCACUGCCUGUGUGAUGGCUGCAGGAUAUAACGAACGAAAGUCGUAUGCUAACGUGACAGUUGAUUGGAUGGCGUACCAAGGUGCUCCAGUGGGUGGCGUGGCUGGUGAAGUGCGCAUGUCACAGUGGUGGACUGGUACGACUUGUGCGACUGUCGUGUUUCCUACAGUGAGUGGCCUUUGUUGGGUUUUCUUGUCCUUUACAUUCUGUUCAAGAUCAUAUCUUUUGAAACGCCUCACUUCUACUGAGGUCACUCAGUUAAUAACAUAUCGUUUUUAACAUGCGUCAGUAAUGAUUUGUUGUUUUAGUGCAGCCGUACCCUUAUGACCAAUAGUCGAACAAUGACAUGGUACUACAAAUUAUUCUUUUACCAAUUUCCGGCAUAUCGCAAAUCUCAUGGGUUCCUUUUUGCAAAAAUACAAAAUUGAUUCCUCUUCGUAGCUUUCUAAGAGUGAAGAGUUGCCUAACUCGGAUUUAUUUUUCAGGGAAAAUUUUCUGUGAUACCGUCGGUAUUUGUGACUGCCAAACAUUACAACCCAGGAUUAAAACGUGACGCAGCAAGCGUAUGGAUUGAAGAUGUCACACAAUCAUCCUGCAAAGUUUGCUUGAGAGAAUUGCAAAACUACGCUGGAUCACACCAAGACGUUGUUGUUGUAAGUAUAACGCUUAUGUCAUGGAACGAACAGCUUUUUUUGUUUGAAACUAAGUGCAGUAGACUGGUAUCCUUCUCCACCUCUUCUUUUCGCUUUUGUACACUUCCAGCAGUUGGUCCAGCGGGGAUGCACGAUUUUUUGCUUGAAAAUAUAUUUCCUUCCAUUUGUUUUAUCUCUUAGCCAUUUCUCUGCAAGUUUUCAUCCGGCUUUGUCAACCCAACCAUGUUAUUGCUUUCUUGUAACAUGAAAUGUCGGUGGCUGUUUUCUAUAAACCUUAUUGAUAUAUUACCAUUUAUUUUCGACGUUGAGACAAUCUUUCGGUUAGGACGUGAUAGUGAAAGAGAAUUCUUAAUCUUUCUUUUCAUUGUUAUUCAUUUACGUUAUUUCAGAAUUGGUUAGCUUUUUCAUACCUUGACGAGCCUCCCUUCUCAGAACACAAUUCGAUUUACUUCUCGAAUGAUAAACCUCCCGCGCAGAGUCAUUAUAAUGCCUUCUGCAAGGUCAGUAUUCCAGUCCUUUCAUUUGUCUUUUGGGUUUCAAUUCCUGUCACAGUGCAGUUCAUUUUAUUGAAUAAAUUUACAAUCAGAGAGCAAUAGCAAACGGUUCCCCCUAUCAUGUCUCUAGUGAUGGUAGUUGCAUUUAAUCAGUUUAGCAGGCUGCCUGUCAUAUUUCAGUGAAUAUUUAAAAUGAAAAUGAAAUAUAGCUUAUAAAUAUCCUAAUGUGGAACAAGUCUUAACCUUUUUAUAAAUGUCAGAGAGUGAAUUUUUACAAUCAUGUAAUUUCUUUUCACAGGACGCUACUUUUACUAAAGUUUAUAACUCAACUCCACAUGUGUUUGUUUCUGCCAAUCAUUCCACCAAAAAUGGACGUCAGAGUCCAGUUCAUAACAGCAUAGCUGAGUGGGUAGAGGUAUGUUUUUAUUUAUGUAUUUGUUUAUUUUUUCAUUUAUUUUAUGAAUUUCUGUAACAUACCACUUUCAACCACACUGACAUGUGUUGUGUGGAUGUUUAAAAACCUUAUGACGAUACGAAUGACUGUAAUUAACACUGUCUACUUUACAAAACAGAUAGGGUCUUAUUGAGCACAACAGCUUAUAGAAUACCAAACUUGUGAAAAACAGUACAAAAGUUAAAUUUUAUCCGUUUAACUAACGAUCAGGCGUAACCCUAGUAAAAUAGCCAUGAAUUAUGAAAAGUUGUCAAACCAGUGUAUUUAAACUUGAAAUCUGUUUAGCUGUAUAGCAGAAGGUAAGCCGCUGUUUUGUUUUUCCGGCAACCAAAUGUUGUCAACAAAAAGCAAUGAGAAAACUAAAAAGUGAUGCUAAGCUAGAGAAAAUGAGCUAAGAGAGCGAAUCCCUGUGCCCCAUAAAGAUUAUUUAAAAUUAAUUUAAUCUAUUGAAAGUUCGCACGCGUGCGAUGAAAGUUAUUAGAGAGUUUUAGAUUUGAGUUUACCGCGAACCUCUAACCGCUUGAGGUCACGUGACAAGUCUUUCGCGUCACGUUUGAGGUUUACGACGUGCGUUUUCAACGUGGGGAGGUAGGUUUUGACGUAUGUCAUUUACCUGAAAGCUUUUAGUGUAUAAUUCUUGUUUUAUUCCACGUAAUGAUACAAAAAUCUUGUGGAGCAAGUCUUUAUCCAUUAACAGAGGCACAAAUUCGAGCGAAAUGCUAAAUUUGAUAAAUCUUAUUGGAUCUUGAAAACAAGUGCCAUUCAUGGCUGCUGAUUCAAAAUGGCUGCCGUAAUCUAAUCCACCGCCAAUCUAAAUCGAAUUAUGUUUGAACGUCGAACCGUAAAACAGGGUAACCGCAAACCGCGGUUAGAGGUUCGAGGUAAACUAGGAUCUAAAACUCUCUACUUUUAUCGACUGUUUCCGUGACCCCCGCUGUCUACUUUCCCGUGAACGCGACAUGUUUCGCCGCCAAACAUUUGAAGCUUGACAGUAGUUAUAGCAAUCAUCGCAUGAAAGGUUUAAGUUGUUGACAUUUGAUAACGCGCACCCAAUUGUCCUCUUUCCUCUUUCCUUCGUAGCCCUGUCAUGCAAACUUGUUGAACAGGGUUGAUCAAUUCAAUUCAAUUCAAUUCAAUUCUUUAUUCACACUAUACAAGAUAUUUACAUAAGUGUACAUAGUAGGAAAAUAAAGUAGCUACAAAUAAUAAUUAACUAAAAAAUAUUAAGUUCAUUUGUGUAGGGUGUCCAAAGUAGCAAGAGCUUUCUUGUUGGACACCGUCAUAUUGAAAUAAUUGGCAGCAGUAAGGAGAGAUAUAAAAUCUCAAAUAAAAUCAGUGAUAAAACAUAUAAGUAAGGUCAGAUUUGGUUGGUCAGAAGACAGGACUUCCAUUCUUUCUUAAACAUUCAGAUAACCUUUCGCAUCCAUCACUAUGAAUUAACUCGGAAAUUAAGUGGAUAUGAUAGGUUCAAUUCACUUUCAUGUUCACCACCAAUUCGCCAUGCUGCCGCCAUUCACCGAUAUGCCCGAAUUUGAUCACUUCUUAACAUGCGUCAAACUGAGAAAUAUGGAGAGGGUUCUAGUCAAGACCUACCUGAACUGUUCUAUAGUUUUUUUUCUACAAGCAAGGGAGGAAAAACGCCGUUUGCCUUCUGCUGAAUGAGCUGAUAAACAUCCCUUUCUUGUAGUACAUCAACAAGACAGGCUUUCGUGCUUGUGUCAAAGAAUUAUAUGAAGCAAAAUAUGACCCAUUGUCAGUAACGUACACAGUUUUGUCAGGUAAGAGCUCUACUGCUACAAAACUAAUAAACUUCAAUACUUACCAACUCUCUGAAUAACAAAAAAGGAAUACAAGCAAUACGCAAAAGGAAUGCACAAAAACUGAAGGAAAUAAAAAAAAUGCAUUCGGGUGAUAACGAAAAACAACGUUCAUCUCUUUUCCAAAUACAUAUUAAUGUGUAUAAUGGAGUGCUUUAUAAUACUUGCAGUUGUUUUUGUCUUAGGUAUUGCCUUUAUUUUGUCCUGAACACAAAGCUUCUGCUUUUCCAUUUCCUUUUUUAAUGGCAAAAAAAAAACCGGAAAUAACAAACAUGUUCGAAGUACAUAACUGCACCUAAAGCUAUAUAUUUUAAGCAAUAUGAUUAUACAGUUCACUAAUUCCUACUUUGUAUACGCACAGACAUCUGUCCAUCUGGAUGGGAUUACUUCAAUGGAUACUGCUAUUUAACAAGCUCUGUAUGCGCACCUUGGGUGACUGCUGUGUCCAACUGUUCAGCAAUGAACUCACACCUGGUAACAGUGCACAACCAAGACGAAAAUGUCUACAUACAGCACCGUCAUAAUGGAGAGAGAUCAUGGAUUGGACUUAAUGACCGAAGCGUUGAGGGAUCAUUUGUCUGGACAAACAAGGAAAUAACCAGUUUUCGGUUCUGGGCUCCGCAACAACCAAACAACUGGAAAAACGAAGACUGUGUUCACACUCUGGGUGCCAAUGAUGGCUACACUUGGAACGAUGUGUCCUGCGAUAACUGCUAUAGCUAUACUUGUGUUCGAGGUAAAAGCUGUCCGUUUUACAACUUACAUUAAAUGAUCUGUUAGUUACCUGAGGUAAUCUUAUCUUCUGUAAAGGGUUGUGGUUCACUUCAAUAUUUGUGCUAGGAAUGUAACCAAAACAACGAAAAAAGCCAUCCAGUGUUAGCGCGCAUGAAUGUAGAGUUUCUUUCAGUCAUAGUUAGUAGAGAAGAGCAAGGAUGGCGCAGUGGUGAGAGCACUCGCCUCCCACCAAUGUGGUCCGGGGUCAAAUCCUGGCGUCGACGCCGUAUGUGGGUUGAGUUUGUUGUUGGUUCUCUUCCUUGCUCCGAGAGGUUUUUCUCCGGGUACUCCGGUUUUCCCCUCUCCUCAAAAACCAACAUUUCCAAAUUGCAAUUCGACCAGGAAUCAGGUAGACGAAGAAGCAUUAUGUGGAUGUGCUACCUGCAAAUCGUUAUUUAUUUUUUUAUUCAUUUAGAAGACUGGUUAUGAAAGGUGGCAACAAGAAUUAAAGCUUCAGAUUUUAAUAAAGGUUCUGCAGUUUAUGUUUGUAGCUAUCUUCUUUUUUUUUUCACAAAUUGCGAAUGAAUAAAUGGAUGCAGCGCUUUUAUAGCCUGUGUACAGCAGACGCCCCCUCCCCUUUUGUUGAGGUGAGGGGGCGUCUGUACACCGUCUACGAUUGGUGAAAAGGAUCAAAAUGAUGGGAAUGCUAUUGAACGUUUCACAUCGUCGGCUGAGUCAAAAAAAACUCUAACAAAAAAACAUAACGGUAUAAUAAAGAUGCUUGUAGGCGGCUUUAUAGCCAUUCCACUUUUUAGUGGAGCUUGCUUUAGCAGAGCGAAACUCUACAAAUGUAAGCGUUUUUUUUUCCGUCGGUCCGUCUGAAAAAGAGGGUAUGCUACCAGGCGUUCCUAACGGACAUUGUGGAAACUGAGGAUAAGAAUCGCGAUGACUUUCAUUGUAUGCAAAUGAGUCUUGUGAUGAGCAUGCGGGUUAUUUUCGGCGAUGACUGAAACGACGCAUGUAAGUUGAACACGUUUCCGCUGUUUGGCAAUGACGUAAUUUUUCCCAAAUCGAGGCCCUUGAUUUUCGCUUAAUUAUGCACGUGUAUUAAGAAGUUAAUACCCCGAGUAGGAUGAGAAAAUGUUAUUGUGGUGUAUUGAGGCGUUACGUUUCUCAGAAUAUUGUCGCAAUUACUGCAACUCUACGAUUUAUAAAUAGAUUCACUUUGUUCUACGCAUUUAACUGAUAGAUUUUCGCAGUUGUUAAGAUGUGAAGUCGCGUUGCACUUUAUAAAUACUUGAGAUAUCAAUGAUUUAACCUUCGAGUACUACUGGAAGCAACUUCAACUACGCGUCUGACGUUACGUAUGUAUCGCGGAUGUAUUUAUACGGGUAGCUUUGUACUUAAAUAUCACGCACUCUUCUUGCAGCACUUUAUGUCCAUAGAAUAGAAAUCCCAUAUCGAGCUUUUCCGGAACGGGUCGGUCCGCGAAUUCUGCGGCUUGAAAGCGUUGAUUACCUUGGAACAACUGAUUACUUCAGGGGUCGAAAAAAAGAACAAUCUUAAUGAGCAAAACUUCGAGGUUUACUGGAAAAGCGGGAGCGAGGUUCGAGGAUCAAGGAUGGAGGAUGAGACCGAUCCAGAUCGGGGAUAGAGAAUCGGUUAAAAAUAAAUGAAUGACAAGUAUUUUUAGGCUGAAGUUUAACAACAACCUUGUCUCGUUUGAGAAAACAGAUUUUGUGACGUCACGGUCUAAAGAGUGUCACGUGAUCCUUGGGAUGAAUAUUCCAACACUAUUUUAGUGAGAUAUGUCUUAUCAUAUCUUUGUGGAACCCUUUACUUGGAUCUUUCUGUGUCAUUAAAGAGGAUCUUUGCAUUCUCUGUGGGGGAUCUUUUUAGUCUUUCAACCUAUGCCUUAACUUGUUUUGUACAAUUUACAGUAAUUUCCUUUUUCUUUUUAAGAGAUUUUCAUGAAUUCAAGUUGAGAAUAUCAUUUCAGAAAACAACGGCACGUAGCAAGGUCAUCAACCAUCGCAGAUGUGAGUUAAUGAAGCGCCGUGAUUUCUUUCAGAAAUUGAGAAAUGCACAACUAACUAUCACAGAUGUAAUGUGAAUGCUGCUUGCCAGAAUACCGUGGGUUCAUACAAAUGUACUUGCAAAGCUGGAUACUCUGGAAAUGGCCGCAAAUGCGUUGGUAAGUACUGAAGUUUGCUUUAGACAUCCAUAUUUUGCCCUAAUACUUCGCAAACUGACUGACUUCAUUCUUUUCUGACGUUGUUUGUUAAUAAAAAAAGUAGUUUCCGUGUCUUUAGUAUCUUUUUACGUACAUCAUACUCUAUAUGUACAAUGCUGUAAUUAAGUUUUUCAGUUAUCUAUUGUAGUCGUAAAUUUCUUAUAGGCUCCCAGUCUAAGGCGGCAAACCACCAACCUUCAGUGGGUAUUUAAUGGAUUUUGAGCAAAAAUGUAUUUUGCCCUUUUGCUUCGCAAACUGACCGACUUAGUUGUCCUCUCCGUUGAUUUUAUUUAUAAACUAAAUAAAUAUGCUUUAUUGUAUAAGUACAGAACUGUUAUUAUUGUCUCUAUCUUUUGUGGUCAAAACUUUCUAAUAAGCCCCGGUCUAAGGUGGAACUAACCCUUAGUGGAUGGAUUUUGAGCAUUAUAAGAAUACUUGCACUAAUGAAUGGAACAACGUUUUACACGAAUUUUCAUUCCUUCAAACAAAAUUAUUACGAAAACUGGCAGGUGCACUUCCGUUUGGGGACAUAUUUGUUUUGAUUUUAACAAUUUCAUUGGUAAUAACGUUAUAGUUUGAAGGGAAAUUUGGAAGGAAAUGUCAAGGAAGGUAUGGCUUGUUGUUUUCGGCUCAUGAAAUCACUGUUUUAUAAUUUUGUCUUUGUUUCUAGAAAUCGACGAGUGUAAGAGCAAAACCCAUAACUGUGACAGAAAUGCGUUAUGUAAGAACACUGAGGGGUCCUUUACUUGCAUCUGCAAUCGCGGUUACAAGGGAGAUGGAAAGAAGUGUAGAGGUAAUUAUCUAGCGCUCUUUUAUUAAAGGUUGGUUUCAACUGUCGCGUAAUUUUUACGUGACUGCGUGAGCGUGUUAGUUUUACGUACGUAAGUAAAAUAAGGGUUAUGUAUGAAAGGUCGCUAAAGGUAACAGUUGACCCUUGCUAAACGUUACCCGCUUUCAUUUUACGCGCAUACUCACCAAAAUAUUACGCGGCAGUACAAAUCCACCCUAAGUUCUUAAUAAACAAAGAUAGUUUACACAUCCAGCACGUGCGUUCAUUCCAUUGCUUGUAUUUAUUCUCCCUGGCACCGGCUGUUCAAGCGUUGGAUAGAGCUUUGCAUCGGAUAAAUCACUACACAGUGUAAAAGAUAAGUAUUAGAGAAACUAUCUGCGCUAUCUACUGGAUGGUGAUUUAUCCAGCUUUUGAACAACUGGGCUAUGUAACUUCGUGACCCCACCAUUGAUCCGCACAAGCCAUCGGCUUUACUGUAACGUAGAGUUAAAAGAGUAGAAUGUCAAGGAAGAAUUUCUAAAGUUAUAUUUACUUGACUUGUAAACGCAUAAUAUAUAUAUAUUUACUUGCCUUGUAAACUUGCCUUGUAAAUGCAAUUUAUAUUUGUCUUUGUUUUUUUAGAAAUCGACGAGUGUACAAGCAAAAUCCAUAACUGUGACAGAAAUGCAUUAUGUAAGAACACUGAAGGGUCUUUCACCUGCACAUGUAAAACUGGUUACAAAGGAGAUGGCAAGAAGUGUAGAGGUAAUUUUAAAAAGCGCUGUUCUUAAUCACCAAUCAGUUAGUCAGGCCGACAUCUAACGAAAGCUUCUAUGUUAUUCUACAGCAAUUUUAGAAGAUCGCCAUAUUUGCAUCAGGCAUCCUCGCCGUAAAAUAAACUGCGCAAUUUAGUUUUCUCUCUUUUUUCAGAUAUAGACGAAUGCACAAGCAAAACCCAUAACUGCGACAGAAAUGAGUUAUGUAAGAACACUGAGGGGUCCUUUAGCUGUACCUGUAAACCUGGUUACAAAAGAGACGGGAACAAGUGUAAAGGUAAAUAUCUCAGUAGCACACGCGAUUAUCGCGUUCUCUGCUUUUAUUAGUUAAACACGUUUAUCAUGGAUUCUUAGCUAUGAACUAGAAGUAGCCUACGCUACAGGCUUAAGCCGGAGAAUCUGUUCACAUGCAGUUAUUUUUUAAUGAUUUUCGUUCCUAAUAGCCUCAAUUCAAAGUUACCUCCAGCAACGGGAAUCACUGUUCUUCUGAAUGAAUGAAGGCAAGCAAGAUCCGGGAAGCCGAUUACAUAUGUACCUGUAUAUUAGUCCCAUAGAUUAUAAGUCUCUUUGAAAACGAUUGCAGGCUUGAUUAAUUUAGUAAUGGCGCUUUGCGAAGUUAUCCUCACUUUUUCUCUAGUUUCAUUUUACGCAGGCAAAUUGUUAAGGUAUUUUUUUAAAAUUCUGUCCUCAGCCAUUUAUCAACCACGUUUUCUUCUUUUAUUUUCACUUAAAGUUUACACGAAGAUGAAAGUGAAAUUCUCGUUUCUCCAAAGAAACUUUGCAAACUUCUUCCAAACAACGAAUUCUUCAAGGUUGAUCUCUGAUGCUGAUGUCUUGAUUUUUGUUGUAGCGACACGCGGGCUGAUUUCCUACGAUCCCGCUCAAUCCUGCAAAGAAAUCAAGGACUUAGGUAUCUCCAAUGGCGACGGGGAGUACUGGAUUGACCCUGGAAGGACUAAAAGUCCUUUGAAGGCAUAUUGUGACAUGACAACUGACGGAGGUAGGGUUUUACUUGAAGCUGACACGUCUUUUAUGCUGCUACGUCUUAUUGCCAACGAGGCAUCCGAGCGAAGACGCUCGGAUAGCGAGGCGGCAGCAGAAUAGAGCUGCGCAAGACUGGGCAAUAGGCAGAAAAAUUCUCGAUCGAACUGAAAAAAGUGUAACCCGUAAAUUCGUAACCCGUAACCUGAUGUAAUGUAGAUUCCCCUGAGACCAAGCGGUCAGUUGUGAACCAAUCAAAAGGCAGUACCUAGCGCACGGGCUCAAGUUGAAUGUGGUAGCUUUUUAAAAUACAAAAUUUCACACAAUUCCCGCCGUCACGACUUCCUGUGUUUAUUUACCUAAAUUUAUUUGUCAAACCUGGCCACUGCAGUCAAGAAACAUGAGCACUUGAUAUAUUCUAUUAAUUUUCGGGGCCUUAAUGUUAACUUUUAACGAAGAGAAGUUUGUAAAACAGCAAAAGUGUUCUAUGUGCAACAAGCAAUAUCCUCACCACUAAAAAGGAUCAGAUUACACGAGGAGAUAAGGAAAGCUUGACACGAAGACUGACAGUCGCUUCCGUAGGAAAAUCUGGUGUCGGGGAAAAAAUAUAACCAGCAAACAAAAAAAAUGAGAACAAAAACGAAUUACAAGCCUAAAGCGAACGACAAAGGAAAAGAAAACAACGCCAUUUUUUUUGAAACCUAGCGGAGUUCAGCAUAAAAAAAAUGAACUAAAAUACCGACGUGCCGUACAUUCGCAUGUCUUAGGAAACAUUUCAGAUGGCCUAGCGAAUCAUUCUAAGUUUCAAUCGGAUAACAAAAAGCCUCGGGAAAUUUGAAAGGAGGUUUAAAUGAUUAAAGUGUGCAAAUAUUUAUCUACAAUGUGAAACCGAACCGGCAGUAGAUUUGUAGCUGGACUUAAUAAUAUUCCCGAUCGCGUCCUCUGCAAAGCUGAUUUUAUUCUUUCAAGACACUUCACACUUUUACAUGGCAGGUUUGUAAAGGCACCAGACUGAAUCUGAGAACUGAUUCUCCUCCGGAACCUCAUAAAGUGUUACAUGCAUAACACCUUUUCAAGAAAAUAAUCCUUGCAACAGGAAGGGACCAAGAAACGGUCAAAUGGGGAAAAAAAGAAUUUUAUUCCUAAGCAAAAUACGCAUGAUUUGCUCGUUGGCACUCUAUCGAUAGGUAUACCUAGUUUUAUAAAGUAAGUUCAAUAAAUUCCCAAUAACUAUAUUGGUAUUUCAUAAAUUCAUUUUUUGCGCCAGCCCUCGUUUCGGGGUCAACUUGAAAGACUAGCAUCUGCUUAGCGAAUCACUGAUACGCUCCUUCCUUACCAACCGAACACAAGCAGUGCGCGUUGACUCCUCCCUGUCAUCAUGGAAUCAAGUCAAUGGUGGCGUCCCACAGGGAACAAAACUCGGAUUAACGGAUUAGUCAUGGUAAACAAGCUGAUCAUGAAUUGGCAUAUGCGUACGAAGUAUGUCGAUGACACUACUGCUUUCGAGAUUAUCCCAAGAAACUCUAUUAGUAUGCUAGAUGUAGUUGUCAGAGAAAUCCAUGAUUAUUGUAUUGAACACAAGAUGAAACUGAAUCCCAAAAAAUGUAACGAAAUGUACGCAAGUUUCAUGAAGAAUUCGAUUACUGCAAUGCGACCUAUAAGUGUUGGAAAUCAAGAAGUAGAGCGAGUAGGGUCGUAUAAGAUUUUAGGAGUUAUAAUUAGCGAUGACCUUAAAUGGAACGCUCAUGUUGAAUAUGUAAUUGCCAAGGCGGCUAAGACAUUGUACGCUCUUAGGUUGUUGAAGCGCGCGGGAGUCAUGCCAGAAGACAUGCUCAAGGUAUACACUUAUAACAUCAGAUCGGUGUAAGAGUAUGCUGCGCAAGUAUGGCAAAAUAUUCCUGCAUACCUUUCUGACGCUAUUGAAUCUAUACAAAGAAGAGCCUUAAGAAUGAUAUUUCCAAACUCUAGUUAUCAACAAGCUCUAGACCAAGCAAAUUUGACAUCGUUAGCAGAUCACAUGAUAUUCAUAUGUAAGAAGUUGAUGGCGGAUUUGAGGAAUGAGAGCGACCCCAUAACUUUCUUAGCUCCACAAGUUAUGACAAGAUCUAUCCCACAUCAGUUAAGAUCAGGAAAUACUAAAACCACUACAACAAUGAAAAGGACAAAGAGCGCUAAUGACUUGUUUACUUUUAGGUUUUCUUGAUUCCAAUUGUUAUUGUAAUACUUAUUAUUGUAAAUAGAAUUAAUUAUUAGUAUCCAGUUGUAAAUUGAACUGUUUAUUCAGUUUUUAACUGCCAGAAGUGUUAAUAAACUAUUAUAUAUAUCUUAGUUCGCGUGAGUGAUAUUUUGAUAUCACUCACGCGAAAAUAAGGCUUACAGAGGUUUGGCUGUGUUAUUUCCCUUAACUUGAACUUAACACCACUGCUUGUUUUGGCCUACAUAACUGAUAAAUAUUUAUUGAAUUUCAGGGGGAUGGCUUCUUGUUUCCAACAUUGUUUCGCACGGUUCGUCUACAACUCAGUUGCCAGUUAAGACAUCGUAUCGCGGAGUCAGCAGCAGAGAGAUGGUGCUCACAAAAAGCGCCAUGAAGGAGCUGAGAAAGCACUUGCAUUUCACUCAGAUAAGAUACCACUGCAAGAAAAGAGGGGGUCGUAGGUUUCACAUCACUACGGCUGCUAACAGCAAAGGUGAAGCUGCUGUCAAAUACCUUAGUGGUGAGACAGAUGUGAUGCCUGCCUCUUGCGGCUCGUUUGUGAUCAUGAGCAAUGACAACUCGCGGUUAGCAAGAGUCUGCAAGGACUGGGGAUACCAAAGACGUUCUUACAAAGUUGGCAAAUGGGGGCACGAGAGAGAUCAGAACAGAUUAUACGAUCACCCUGCUUUUACAAUUGGCCAUAUCUGGUUUCUUUACCCUUCUGGCCGAUGGGAAUGCGACGAUCAGUACGUGGGAGUGUCUCCUGGUGAUUUUUGGAAGAUUUUCGUUCGCUAG